CGGCUGAUAAAUAUGGAAGAAAUCAUCAAACCGAUAUAUAUCGUUAAUUCACUGCUUGGAUUGUUCCCGUAUGCCAUAAAGUAUAAUAAAGCGAAAAAAAUAUAUGAAACCGUUAACAAAUCAAUGUACAUUAAUUCCUUGUGUACCAUAUCUGUGAUGUUGAUUAUUUAUAUAUUUUCAAUCCUAUUUACUAAGAAUAUCAUGCAAACUCCAGAAGACGUUGAAAUGAUUGAAGUGAUUAUGACCAAAAUUAACUGUGUGUUGGAACUAUCCACUUUAGUAAUAUUUAUUACAGUCGCUUACAUAUGUGCUUAUCUUCAUCGUGAUAAAUAUAUAAAGGCGUUGAAUAUGAUAAUAAGCACUUGGUAUGACGUAACAAAUAAUAGCAAAAGUCAGGCUAUUCUUUCUGACCUGCGACUUCAUGUGAACAUUGUAACGAUAGCAAGUUUAUUUACAGUAAUAAUCGCGCAGUUUGCAAUGAAUUUUACUCGAAAUAGUUCGAUAUGGAAAAUAGUUCUUGUUACAUUUACUUUCGAUAUGUCACAAGCUAUACAGUUUAUUGUAUUAGCUCUACACUACACAAUGACGAUGAUGCUCGUUGCAAUCCUUGAAAACCUAAAUGAGCAUUGUUUAUUACUUACAUUUAAUAACAAAAUUAUAGUUAGCGAUGUUGUUGAGGUAAAGCCAAAAGCGAGGCUUACAUUGCGUCAGAUGGAACUAGCAUACAUAAAGGCGUUUGAAAUUAAAAUAUUUAUAAACGAAAUAUUUCAAGGACCUAUUUUAAUUUCUGCGCUACAGUGUUUUCACUCAAUCGUCAGCGAAGCUCAUACAAUAUAUCACGGAGUUUUGGUGGAAAACAGCCUUUCAGUUCAUGAUACUUUACAUUGUUUCAUCUGGAUUGUUUAUCAGAUAUUCAAAAUCUAUUCCUUUUCUUACGCUGGUAAUUUACUAAAGUUAAAGGCGUUUCGUAUUGGUCAAUCUUUGCAUAACAUACCAACAGAUAAUCAGGAUUCACGUUGGUUUAUGGAGAUACAACAUUUUUGUUCCCUCAUGUCCCACCAACGAAUGGAACUGACUGUGUAUGAGUUCUUUCCCUUGGAUGGAACACUUUUGUAUAAUAUGCUGGCAUCGGCUAUGAUGUUUAUAACAAUUUUAGUUCAAUUUGAU